GCGCAGCAUCGCCUCGUCGCUGCUUUCGAAGACGCAGAGCGGCGGAGUAGCGGAGCGGAGUCAUGGGGAAGCUUCAAGAAUUUGAUAUCACUUUUACCAACAACAAGGUGGUUUAUGGUCCGGGAGAGUCCAUAAGCGGAACUGUGAAAAUACGAACCAGCAACUCGCUGCAGUACAAAGCCAUCAAGGUGAACUGUCAGGGCUCAUGUGGAAUCUCCAACAAAAUGAACGACAGCUCGUGGACUCUGGAGGAGCAGUACUUCAACAGCACGCUGUCUGUUGCUGACAAAGGAACUCUGGCACCAGGCGAACACAGUUUCCCUUUCCAGUUUCUCAUUCCAGUCGCUGCUCCGACUUCCUUUGAGGGACCCUUUGGGAAGAUUAUUUACCGCGUGAGGGCGGCCAUUGACACGCCCCGCUUCUCGAAGGACUACAAAGCCCAGAGGCCCUUCUACCUACUCAACCUGCUUAACCUCAAUGAGGUGCCUGACAUUGAACAUCCAAGUUAUGCUGUGACCACUAAGAAGUUCAGCUACCUCCUGGUGAAGACGGGGACCCUGAUGCUGAAAGCUCGCAGUGACCUGAGGGGAUACAUCCCCGGUCAGGUCAUCAAAUUAGCCACUGAGAUCCACAACAAGUCUGGGAAGGACACGGGAUGUGUACUCGCCAGUCUCAUACAGAAAGUGACCUAUAAGACCAAACGGCCUCUGUUUGACCUGCGGACCAUCGCAGAGGUGGAGGGAGCCGGAGUGAAAGCAGGAAAACACGCAGAGUGGCGAGAGCAGAUCAUCGUCCCUCCUCUUCCUCAGUCAGCUCUGGCCGGCUGCAGCCUCAUAGACAUCGACUAUUUCAUUCAGGUGUCACUGAAAUCUCCAGACGCCGUCGUUACGCUGCCAGUCUACAUUGGGAACAUUGCGGUAAACUUGUCUCCGUCGAGGCCCAUGCCCCCCAGUCCAGUCCACUGCGGUGCAACCAUCGCGCCCAGUGCGGCAGGCGUGACACCAAGCGCCCCACCGGCGGAGGAGGAGCCAGAGGAGGGGCUGUGUGCAGGGGCCGUGGUCAGUGAGGAGAUUUCCACGAAGAGUCACUCUCAGCAGGAUCCUUCAGGUCAGCCGGUCACCAUGUCCCCCAGCGCCUUCAGCCACGCACCCGGCGCAGCCCUCCCUCCCAGCCACAGACGGCCCGAUGCGUCUGCUCCCCUGUUCUGUGUGUCCACCGGGGCCACCAUACCUUUCUUCACUGAGGGAAACGUGACUCCUGUCCCCACUUCCUGUUCUCUCAUCCUCCCUCCAGAGUACAGCAGCUGGGACUACCCUCAUGAGCCCCCACCCACUUACGAGGAAAGCUGCAGUAGCGCCAACUCCAGUUUCAGCAGUAGACAGUAAAGAAGAAGAAGGUGAUGAAGCACCGUGGCCACGCCCACCCUUACCUGUCUACACUUGCCUCUCAACAAAUCAGGACAGAGACACGCUGGGUUAAAGAGGAUGGACCAUAACUCCACACCGGAACACCCCAAAGAUUGUUUCUAUGUCCUGUAAUACGUAAAAAGGGAUCAUAUCUUAUAUUGAAUAUAAGUUUUAAUUUCACCUCGUGUCCCACCAGGUAGUGUCAGACAGAAUGGGUGACCAUCACUGUGCCUAAAAGAAGUAUUUUGGAUCAUCGUACAGAAUUUAGAAUAUUCAGUGAUUGAACGUGUUUCUUUUGUGGGGCAGGGAAAGAACAUUUUUUUUCAAUGAAUUUUUGCAUCUGUGAUGCCUUGAAAAUGAUUUUGGUCUACUGAAGGCUCGUGUUUGACAAGAUCAAAUGUUGGCCUUUUUGCAGUCUUGUUCCAAUUGUGCACUUGUUAUUGUGGUCCACUGCUGUCUGUUUGUGUCUCAGUCGUCCUCAUCAUCAGCAGGGCGGAGCUGUCUUCAUGCUGGAUAUUGAAGGGAGAACUUAUUGCCAGAGGCUGUGGUUUGAUUGUAAAGCUAGUUAAAAGCAGUGUGUGGGACCCUUCUGUGAUUAUAUCAUCUUUAAAGUUAUUCUGAUGGUUGAAGUCUUCGUUUGAGGAAACAUGAGUCCCAAUGAAAAUUGGUGGUCUAUGUGUGAAUGUGUACGGCAUCAUGCACUGCUGUCUGUUCUAAUGUCUUUUUUUAAUACUAUCAUUAGAGGUUGCCGGUCAGACACAGUUGACAAAAUCAAUAUAGGUUUAAAUGUUGUUUUCAUUUACAUGAAUCAAUCAAUUGGAACAUUUACUUUUUUAUAUUUAAAAAUGUUUUGUUUCUAGAUACGGUCAUUUAUGUUGAGAAAAUUCAGUUCAACACAAACAAAAUACAGACGUGCUCUUGUUUUUAUGAAUUAUCUUAAAAAAAAGUUCUAUAUCAUCUCUGUACCAUCACCUUGUGUUAUAUAGCUGAGAGUUUUUUCUUUGACAGCAGCUUUGUAUUCAGAGCACAAUGUCUCUGCAGAUGAGGCUCAAUUUUCCCACAGCUGGAUAUGAGGACUGCAGUACUGAUGCAGUCUUUCUCUGCCCUCUAGUGGUCAUCACUAGUACAAGCUUAUCUCAACUUGUCCUGGAAGUGGAGCUCAACAUAACAGCCAUGCAAACUGAAAUACUUCACACAGUCCCUGCUUGUGCAAUGCACUGACUGGGGGUCUGCUGUAUAUAUUUACAUCUCGUUUAUCUUAUUUUUUCUCCUGUUUGUUGCCUUAACUUCUUUUAGUGUUACAUUAGUGAAAUGAGAAUCCUCUGAAAUUUCAGUCUUUGCAGAUGAUAAACAUACAUGUGCACAACACAGCACUUUUUACAGAGUGCUUGGGUUUCUGAGUGCAUAUCUACUGUGUGUGUGUGUGUGUGUGUGUGUGUGUGUGUGUGUGUGUGUGUGUGUGUAUAAAAUAGAGCUCAUUUGGACAACAUGAUAAGUUCAUCUGAGCUCUGUUUUUGCUCAAACUUCAUUCAUGAUUCAGCGUCUGUUCAAUUAUCUGUUAGACAUUUUUCUUUGUCUGUGUACAAGGGCUGGGUGAUAAUUCAACAUUUUAACCUUUUCUAAAUUAAUUCAUCUGAGCAAGUUGUGAUUAAAACAAAAUGAAUUACUGCAGCUUUUGUUUUGCACAUUUGAACAGAUUGAUCUCAUGUAAUUCUAAACAGUGGAACAUGAUUCAUUCCUGUGAACAUCAGUCUGAUUAUUUUAUAUCUGAUUUUGAAUACAUUUGUCAUAUUGUGUCAUAUAUUGAUUAGAAAAUAUCUUUAAUUUACAGGUCAUAAUUAUAAUGAUUUUAACCGUAUCCCAGCCCUACUGUGUACUUUUCUGUGGGAAACUAAUGCAACUGAAAAUCUUAAGCACAACUGCUGUAUCAAAAGUUUGUGUGACUUUUCAUGUGUUUGUCUUAUUUUAGUCACAUUUUAGUACAAACUCCACUUCUAUUCUGUGAAUUCAGAAAAAACUUUGCUGGUUGGCUCCUGACCGUAGAUCAAGUUGCCACGUCUUUUCCAGAUUUUGUAUUUUUAUUUUGGAGCUUUAAUUUUUCAACUUUCACAGACAAACUGCUUGUACUGUUAGACAGUCACCCAAACAAUGGUAUUCUGGCUUUAUGUUAUUCUGAAUGCAUGCCUUAGACAAACUGGACUCUCACCACCCCUUCCAGGAGCUUGUAACGGACUUUCUUCUUCUCUGUCAGGGAGGACAUCAGGAUGUGCUCAUGCAGCUCUUCCUGUUCUGUCUCCUGUGGACUGUGCUAAGUGCACUUGAUGUAUACAAAUGUAGCUUUUAAAAACAGUAAGGACACUGGAACUGUUGAACUUUGUUUUUAUUUUUCUUUUAGAAAAUAUGUGCAAUUCCUCUCAUCUCCAAGAAUGCUGCGUCAGCAGCAGCUCCCUGAAGUCAUUUCACGCUGCCUUUAUUGAUCCUAAUUCUGUUGAAUUCUUCUCCACCAAAAGGUACUAUAGCUUUAUGAAGCCCCACUUGUUCUGUGUUACUUUUCAUUCUUCCUUCCUCACAUAUUGAUGAGUGGUGUCUGGUUUUGUAUUUUUCUACUUGUAAACUGUUUACAGGUGCAGUAUGCAGAUACUAAUAGUAGCACCUCAAUCAGUAAAUGUAAUAUUUCAACUUACAGUGCAAGUUGUACUGUACAGUUUAACAAUAAAAUUAUAUGACAAGA